AGCCUCGUCCACGGCCUGCUCGUCCACCCGCCUACGAUCCUGACUUCGAGGCGGCCUUCGAAGCCUGCAAUGAAGCGUAUCAGCAGGCCGUUGCCCAGUGGAAUAGGCAGAAUACGGCCUAUAUGACGUAUUUAUCAGAAAUGAUGAUCUCUAUGUCUACUGGUACACCGCCACCGGAUCGAGUUACCGUGGCGGGGGACAUGCCUAUCAUGCCAUCGAGGGCAGCUUUCGCUGCGACUUACUACGGAUCCACACCGGAGGGAACGGGAUGGUCCGGGAACCAGGCAUCGCCGGGUGGGCGCGAGGUCACACCGGUUCAUGAAGGUGGUCGGUCUCCUGGGCGUUCUGCUGGUGUCUCUCCGUCGACUACUCCUGGGACUACUCCCGGUGCCUCUCCGUCGACUUCUCCUGGGCGUGCUACUGGUCCUUCUCCAGGUGGUUCUUCUGCAGCUUCUACCGGAGCGAAACCCCGGGCUGCUCGUUUCGCCAAGGAUGUGGGCGGACACACCCCGCCCGGGUCCUUCCUCCGCUAGUCAGCACCGGGCUUCUUGCUUGCCAUCAUUUGCUACCUACUACUAUGUAUUGGAUGACAUGGCACUCUCCUCUUGUAUGCUACUACAUGCACCAUGUAUGCUACUAUGUGGAUUUCAUGCUAUUUAUGUGAAUUAUGGUGAUUUUGGAUG